UGUUUGUGAGAAUACCUGUAAAAUGGAGAUUGGAGUAUCGCAGGUGGACCUUGGCCGUCUCAAGUACUGUGUGGGACUGCCGCAGAUCUUCCUGAGGCUCCAGUCAGUACAGGCAGCUUCUGAGAUUCACUGCAGCGAGGGGAAGCUGGAAGGAUUUGACUUUUGGUCUUGAUUGAGUGUCGUCGUUUUUAAAAUCACACAACUCUGGACUGGUCUGGCCAGGAUCCUCAUCAGUGGCAGCAAUGUAUAGAGACUAUGGAAAUCAAUGCAUUCCGGAUUAUGAUGAAAACUACUCCCAGACCAAUGGGUUUCAUUCUGAAAAAUCCCCAUUCGAAAGGUCCCAAAGCAUCUCCAAGAGACCAAGCGCUCAGACAAUUUAUCAACAAAGAAAGGCCUAUGCACAGGCUGUUAGCUCCAUGGAAAAUGUCAUUCAGUGCCGGGUCGAGCACCUGAUUACCUGUGACCUCAACUCAAAGGAGAUGGCGACGGUGGAUCACUGCAUCAACAAACUAAAGCUGCUUGAUGCCAAGGGUAAAAUCUGGGGACAAGACAUGAUCCUGCAGCUGAAUGAUACUAUUUUCAAACUGGUUGACAUUGAGACCAAGGAUGAUUUGGAACUCUUCCCCAUUGAGAGUAUUCGAGACAGUCAGGCGAUAUUGAACAGCUGUAUCUACAACUCAGUGCUGGCCGUCACUAUUAAAGACAGGAGCAAGAAGAACACCAGUGUGUUCCUGUUCCAGUGUGAGGAAAUCUCUGCUGAACUAAUACAGAUCGAUAUUGAUAACAUGCUCAGAGGUCUCAAAGAGGAACAAGAAAACCAGCACAAGCUGAGAUACAAUCUGGAGAGCAUGCUUUCCCCUCAUUCUCGGCCAAGCUAUGGGAAACCUGCAAUGCCUGCAAUGCACCCUCCUCCGGAGAGUUGGAUCCCACCUGACUACGAUAAGCCUGCACACACUGAAGUGUCAGACCACGGAAGCUGGAUGAGGCAGCACUCCAAUACAUCGUCUGAAUUCGAUUCAAAAUUCAGCAUUGAUGAUACAGAGAAGACAGCAUUGCCAGUUUCGAUGGUACACAGAAAUAUGGAUAUCCUUAACCAUGUCAUAGAUGAUAUUGAGACGUUUAACAAUAAGCUUGAUCAAGCUGUCAGCUCCAACUCUCGGAAAGAGAAGAAAAAAAAGAAAUCAAAAAAGCAGAAAGAAGCUCUCCCUCCUGAGAAAGAGUAUGUGGAUUGCCUGCAGAAGAUAAAAUACGCCUUUAAUAUGAUUACUAAUCUGGAUGCUCAUCUCCAGGAUCCAAGUGCUAAUGACCUGAUUCACAUUUUGUUCAAGAUUCUUCAAUUUAUCCUGAACAACCUUCCAAAGCCUGACCUGGCACAGAAGGUGGUUGUACCUUUCCUGAUCCCAAGUGCAAUAUAUUUCCUCAGCUCAGCCACAAGUGUGGAAGAGCAGGUCAUCUGGCGGUCUUUAGGAGAUGCGUGGAGCGUGCCCAGGUCAGAUUGGCCAGAUGGUGAGAGUUUUCCAAGUUAUGUCCCUACGUUCAUUAGUGGUUGGGAUAUACCACCUCUGCAGCCAUUAAGAUCUCCAACACCCAAUCUGAAAGAACAGAUGGAAGACCCACGCGGUGCACCCUUUGAGAAGCCACAGAAGGAUCAUCAAUUUGCCAAGGCAACAUACGAUUUCAUGAAAAGAAAAACCAGAGAACUCACAGUCAUGAAAGGAGAUGUUCUUGAAGUAUUGGAGGCCUCUAAGCAGUGGUCGAAAGUAAAGAACCAGAAUGGUUCCAUUGGUUAUGUACCCUCCAACAUCAUGCAGUUAAUGAAUCAGGAGGACUUCCUUCCUUCGCAUGUUGAUAACAACCGUGCUUUUCAAUAUCCCUCCUAUACUGACUCACGUGAUGUGACAGUCCACUCCACAUCCAGUGAGGUGACAGCUUGGCUCCAGAAGAAAGGCUUUUCAAAAAUUACUGUGAGGUCUCUGGGGAUUCUCACUGGUGCUCAACUAAUGAGUCUAACUAAGGAAGAGUUGAAGCUUAUCAAUAAUGUAGAAGGACCCAUUGUCUACAAUGAGAUUCACGGAGCGUAAGAAAGCAUGCGGUAGGUGACCCAGCCACUCAACAUCCCAUAUGCACAAAAAACUACACAAAGCUAACAGAGAAGUGACAAUCUGCACAAAAGAAGCCCAAAUUGAAACAGCGUUGUGUAGCUAAGUGCAGGGACAACUCUGUUUAGAUCUAUGCAUCAGUAUUUAGCUGUAAACAAGUUUUAAAGAGAAAAGUGAAAUCAGUUGAUUAAUCACAAGUUAUUUACAAUUGAUAAGCACAAACAUCUGUUUCUGCUUGAAGUUUCCAUUGCCAAGACCUGGGGUUUCAAGCAAAAGCAGAACGUUUGGCACUGAAACAUUGUUCCUCAAGUACUGUGUUUGCUGAAACAAAUGGGGCCAAGCACAGACAAGCGUUGAUUCUAGCGGCCAGUGAGCAACUCUGAAAAGGAGAGCUGGCUUUUUGAUGAGAAUUUGUGGAUAUUGUAACAAACUGUAAGCAGGAGUGUAAGCUGAUAAGGUUAGAUGAAGGCAUAGGGAGGUAGCUAAUGUUCUGCAUUAACCCAUUAGGCCGAAUAGCCUGUUUCUGCACUGUACAGUUCUGAGUAGCAGGUUAAUUGUUUCAGUACAUAGACUUUUAAAGUCCAAAAGAAGGCCAUCUGACCCAUGUCAACACUGGCUCCUGAAAGAGUUACCUAGCCAGUCAGUCCCUAUCCCCGGGCCUGUCAUAAAGUCAUCACUGUUUUACUGGGCUGCUCUCACAUUAGAUGGUUUAACCUGACAGUCACCACACCUCAGCUGAAGGGAUUCUUUGAGGACAAAAGUCCUUCAUGGUAACCAGUGCAAGGAUUGAACCCACGCUACCAGCGUUGCUCUGUGUUGCAAAUCAGCCUUCCAGCCAAGUGAGCUAGCCAACCCCACUUUACACAGAGGCAAAUCUACGUUGAAUGUGAUGUGAUUAAUUGGAAACACAGGUGAUUAUUGGUGGACAUUAGAUGAACAAGUAUUACAGGUGAUUUAAUGUGGGUAAAAAGCUGUUCAGUUGUGUGUGAUAACACUUCUUGAUUGAAUGGCAAUAGUGGAAAAUUCUGCUGCCUCAGAGCACCAGGGAGCCCAAUUCAAUUCCAGUCUCAGGCGGCUGUCUGUGUGGAGUUUUCACAUUCUCCCUGUGUGUGUGUGGGUUUCCUC